GACAGGGCCAACACGUACAGCAGCAAGAGCGCACGACAUCUAGACGACUUGAUGUGCUUUUCGCAUCUGCUGAUAUUUUGGCCGCUGUUGUGGGAUCUUGUGUCAGCGUAGUCCGCCGUGCCGUAACGCGCGCAUCUACCCAAAGCGCAGCUUCAUUCACCCCCAGCCACAGAACUACCAGAGCUUCUCCUGCGGCUGCAGCAUUCGUUGUCGUGGAGCUCCAGUUCUGCCUCCUCGUCAUUCGAGGAAUUCCCGUUGGCUGUACGGUCGAAUUCCCUGGAUAAGUCAUUGUUCCACUCACAAGCGUCUUGCCGACAAAGACAGCCACAGGGCUCCCUCACGUAAAACUGAAAGCGAGCGUUGCUCACAAGACCCGAUACUCCACAGCCGUAAUCGUCACACACCGCCCUCACCACGCCCAAGAGUCACCACAGAACCUAGAAACCACCUCGUUCGAUGUGUGACCGCUGUUCAGUCACUACGUUCCUGGGGAUUGACAGCGGCACCGAUUUCUACGUCUGCCCCGAAACGACCCUCCUUUGCGACACCCCGCCGUCUUCACCCCACUGUUCACCAUGGCGGCGAACGAACGAAUAGCUGAACUUGUCAGCGAGUACACCGAACGACCCAGCGCUGACUUGUCGCGCGUCUCUACCCCCGGUGGCGGCUGGCAAGAUGAUCUUAAGCAACUCAACUACAACUCAGCAAAGCUUGCUCGCACGCGACCUCGUACGUUUCCAUACUUCCGCUAUCUGCCGUACGAAAUCGAGGACCAGCAAGAGCGGGAGCGCAAUCUCGAAGAGUGCAUUAAGAAUCUCUAUAUUGCCAUCGCGGCAGGCGACUUCUCUCCUGGUGCCGUACAUUGGACGAGGGAGAUUCGUGGUUGGCUUAGUCUGAAAUUCGAUCUUCCGAGGGAGACCAGAAUCAAGCUUGUGAAGCUGUACUAUGAGCUCGCACUUGCUCCAGGCCUGGACUAUGUCAUUGCGGAACGGUUCGCAAGCAUGUUCAUGGUGUUGACCAAGCGUAAGCAUUAUCUACGACCGGGCAGAGAUUUGACGCUGGACUGGAAGCCUUUGUACAAGGAGCUCAAGUCCUUCGUCUUGCCUAGCGAGACGAUUGCGUCCAUGGCAAAUGCCACCAAACGAAAUGCGAGAACGCUCACGAAGCUAUGCACGUUCGCACAGCUUUAUUUCGAUCCUCAAGAGAUCCCGGCGAUGUUUGAAGAGUUUCUACCUUACUUUUCCAAUUCCUUCACAGAGAACUCCUUUGUUGUGGUUGGUCUCCUCAACCUUCUGCUACCCACAUCACCGGCACCCGAAGGUCGGCCCGAGCUACAACCGCAAUACUAUCUGCCGACACUCUUCCACCUAUGGUCUUUGAUGAAUAGGUCGAGGCAGUUUGAUGUACAGUUCAUUGAUAUUUUGUCAAGACUGGCACGAGAUACUCUCUCCAGCAAGCACGUCCCUUGGUCGGCAUAUGGCAUUUUCACAAAAGAGCAGUCAGCGACUAUAUUCACGGCAAUCUUACGGGUAUUGGAAAUCCCCGUGGGGCAAUCGACAGCGGCGUACUCGCAGUCGGUGGACGCAUACACUGGGCUCGCUGUGAUUUUGGACCGAGAUCAGCGGAAACACCCAAUUGCACAUCACAUUGCACGUUGGAUUGUCAUGUCCUUGUCUCCAGCUUGCCUGACAAAGAAAGACUCAGUGUUGUCGAAUCUAGAAGGGCUAAUUCAGGCGGUGGAGACUUUCUUCCAUCCAUCGAACUCGGGCAAUUGGACUAGAACCCUCUCACAGCUCGUCUAUUAUCUGGCUGACUUCUUUGUCAUGCGGUGGAACCGCGAGCGCAGCGGUGAAAUGGAAGUGCCGGAGGACCGCAAGCUCAAUGAUGCUGUCAAGCGACGCUUCGUGCUAUGUCUGCGUGAGGUCAUAUUUAUGGGCAUCUACGCGAAGAGCGGCACAGCUAUGAACUUUUCAUUGUCCACGCUGCAAAGUUUGGCUUAUCUUGAACCAGAUUUGAUUCUCCCAGGAGCGCUUCAGCGUAUAUACCCAUCUAUGCAAGGACUGGUCGAGGUUCACCGAACGAUUUCCUCGAUUCGUUGUUUGCAGAUGUUGGCUAAGAUUAUGGCUCGAACAAAGGGCUACCGGUGUCACAUUACCACCUUACUUGGACUUGCCCUCCCUGGCAUCGAUGCAAAUGAUCUUGAUAAGACCUUUUACACUCUGUCCUUCAUUCAAGCCGUGGCAUACAAUAUACCUUUCCACGACUUGACCAAAGAAAAGUCUCGCGAUGAUCCGAGAUCAGAAGAGGAAGAUUAUGACAUGAUAUCUCGUGGUAGUGCUAUGAGUGGUUCACAUACGCCGAGCGAGGCUGUUGAGGACACGGGUGUAGCCUUGAGGUGGAUCACGGAGCAAGUCGAUCGAUUAGAUCGCGAAGGCGCAAACAUCGAACUCAAAUAUAGCGAAGAACUGAGCGACGAGGACGAACAAGCGAUUCUGCGCUCUUCGACAACCGAACUUGCAGAGUUUGUGACGUCGUUUUUGGGACGCGUCUUCACACUACUGGAAAACUUACCAGAUGCAUCUCGUGUGCGUAGCGGAUCACCUGAAGAGAACGUCGUAAACACCCUACCGGCGACUUUCACACCUUUGUUAGCCUCGCUUUCGCCUGAACUGUACGAUCUGGCGCUCAACAAAAUCUCACAUUUUGUCACAACUCAUGUCAUACAUCAAGCUAGAGAUGCCAUGGCAUUCAUCUGCAACGCGCUGGUGAAGAUUAAUCCUCAGAAGGCACUCAGACGACUCAUACCCGAUCUCGUGCAAUGCAUCAGGACAGAGAUCGAGUUCAAUGGAGCAGGUUCUUCGAGGACUACUGGCUCAGAAGUCGUUCCAAAAGAUCGCGCGCUGGUGUGGAACAUCAGCCUACUCAGCAUGUGCAUUGUUCAUGUCGGCGACGCGGUGCUCGAGUUCAGGGACGAACUCUUUGACAUUGCAGAAUUUAUGCAGCAGAAUUGCCGAGGUGUGCCAACCGUGCAUGUUUCGAACUUCAUCCACCAUCUUCUGCUAAAUCUCACGUUGACUUAUACCCUUGAUUUCUCGAUUUAUGAGCCACGAGACCUGGCUAGGGGGUUGACUGCAGCCGAUUGGGGCCGUUACACUGAUCCGCAGAAGAUCACUAUCCGAUGGCAUACACCAAGUGCUGAGGAGGUCGCCUUCGCCAUUGAAUUGUUUAAGAAACAGGGUGAGAAUGCCUUUGAAAGUUUACGAGGGUUGAUAUCCGAUAAUCCGCCCGUCAAACGGGAUGGUACAGGUAGAGACUGGUCGGAUGAAGUGUCAAGAAACCUUACUUUGCUUCGACUGAUCAUUUCUGGCGUCUCAGUUCUCUUUGACCCCCGUUUCAAAGAAAGUGAUGACAGCGACGACGAUGACGACGACCCCAGUGACAUUGUUGACAGGAUGGAUGGUGUGUCGAUCGAUGAUGAUGAAGAUCAGGAGCUUUCGUUGGGGGAUGCGGACGAUGAAGACGGACGAUUGGUAUUUUCAUACCCGACCGGAUAUCCUCUUAAGAAGGGUAGUGCCGAAUAUGAAGACGUCCAUACCUUGCGCAAUAUCGCCGGCCGAGUUCUACACGACGUCCACGACUUCUUGGUCAAACACCAACAAGAUGACGUGCAGUGCUUCAACGCUCUGUAUAAUGCCUAUCGUGCCUGGUUCGUAGACGUAGGCAUUGAGAGAUCGGCCCACGUACUCGACCGCGUCACACGUCUACUAGCGGCUGAUAUACAACCGUACAAAUUUAGUGGACUGCGAAAAGAGUAUCCUCGUCCAUUGCUUGUUCGACGUGCGAACGUCUAUCACUUGCAGAGACUGAGGCAUAACGCGGUCCCACGGGAGAAAGAUGAUCUGCAAGUCCGAAUGCUUCUCGAUCUUGCCGAGUCAAGUGUGUCAAUUUACACGGAGAUCCGCAGGACUGCUCAAGGGGCGAUCGAAUCUGCCGUGAAAUGUGUGAUUGGUGCAAGACCACUCGUUAUUCCUCCUCUUCUCCAAAAGUUAGAAGAGUCUGUCAAGAAGAAUGACUUCCCCAUAAUCAAAGGAUGUAUGUUCUCCUUGUUAUUUGGCAGCUUGGCGAAGACGAUUGCGCGAGAUUGGAGAUACACGCCUCGACUGAUCAAAACAUUCGUCGAAGCUACAACAGCAGAUAAACAGUCCAUUCAGAAGCUUGUGGCUAACGCCCUUUACCAAAUCAUGGAUAUGGGCAAGCCGCUUGACAGGAUGGUCAUUUUAGAUGAAGAUGUAGUUGAGUCGAUUGCUCCUGAUCUUUCCGAAGACGAGGAAGAGGUCAUUGAAAGGAAAAUCGCAAAUCGGAGAGACUUCAUCAAGAGAAGGCGAAAUCGUGUCGAGGAUAAGAAGGCAGAACUGUGCCAUGAUCUAAUAGAAGUCGUUAAAGGCUCACACUGGAAACAAGCUCAGCGAACGGCUGCCAUCGUGGUUAAUCUGGGGAUGCGCUUCGACAAUGUUGCGCCGCCAGAGCUAAUUGACCUGAUUGUUCGUGGAGCAAUUGAUCCACAUCCUAGCUUGCGUAUUCUAUGGCACGGAGCUUUGAAUGGUCUCUUUAGCAUCCUCAGCGCGCGAAGUCUUUGCCAUCAUGACUACAAAAAGUAUCUGCUCAUGCAAGAGGAGCUGCCUGACAAGAUAUAUGUUGAAGUCGACGACGAGGACGAAAACUUCACCCAGACAUACCUUGAAAGCUUUGCUCAUGCCGAGGCUAAAUACUAUGUUGACUACGACUACCCUGGUUGGCUGGUAUGGAAAGACAAAUUUCCAGCUUUUCUUACGGAAUCUGCGAAGAUGGACUACGAUGAGGUUGAGACAGCAGUGCGCAAUCAGAUCGGUAAGAUCAUGGAUCGACAUUGGUUCUCGACAUUCUUUGCGUACAUGAAGCAGGAACCGCGAGAUUCAUCCGCAGAUCGCUUCCGCAUGGGCAACGCUCUCAUGUUGACACAUGCAUUCGACCUAGUCUUUUCCGGCACAGCUAGUGCAACCUUCGAGGACAUCAAGGACCUUACACAAGCUGUUUACGGCGAUGGCAGUGAUAAGCACCAACAUCGUGCAACUGCCGAGAUUAUGGGCGCUCUUCUUGCAUGCUCUUCAGAUUUGCGCAAGGAGCAGCGUAAAGAGGUUUGGGCCUAUGUCUUCCCCAUCGUACGUGGUCUGUUCCAGGACAAUUUGACACCAGAGAACUCUUCUUAUUGGCAGACAUUCCUGCAUAUGGUCACACAAGCGAAGGAUCCCAGGCGAGCAUGGCCGCUCGUUGAUUGGUUAGCAAGCUUCAGGCUUGAUAUGAACACCAGUGCUGCAUUCAAAGAGAGUUCAAAAAUCAAUUUGUUGUAUCAGGUCAUCUUGGAAGCAGGAUGGCACUUCCAGCUUGGCGGCCCCAUCCUUGAAGACUUCAUGAAGCACUUGGAUCAUCCCUACAAGAGUGUUCGUGAAGCGAUGGGUGUCACACUCGCCGCUAUUUAUCGAACAAGGUACCAUGAAUCGUAUGAUGAUGUGAGCACACUCAUUCAAGCACAAAAGUUGGCCGGUCCCUUGGGCGUACGACCAUACCAACCGACCCAACAAUUCACAGAAGCGCUGAACGACACGCUCGAACGACUUGAAAAAUGGCGCCUUGAACGUACGCCGGGCCAACAGACUCCAUCUCCAUACACACAAGCUGGCAAAACCAUACUGUUGAUGCUUGACUCGAUGCUUUCUUCAUAUGAAUGCACAACUUUGAAUAAAUUCUUCCCAGGUCCACUUUUGGAGCAGCUCCUUCACAUGAUGGAUGUCAAGGAAGAUCCUGAGCUUCAAGGUCUGGCCUACCACGUAUUCCGACAUAUGCCCAAUGUGCCCCAUCGCGCAGGAGAAGAUGCCGGGUUCAUUGAUGCUCUAAUCAAGAUUGGUCGCGGUGGGGAUGCAUGGCACCAACGUCUACGUGUUUUAAUCUGCAUACAAAUCAUCUAUUUCAGACGACUGUUCCUGAUUGAACCAGAGCAACAACGCCGACUUUUCGAUUGCGUGAGUUCUAUGCUCGCGGACAGCCAGCUCGAAGUUAGACUAGGUGCAUCAACCACGCUUGCAGGAAUGGUUCGUUGCUCACCCGUCGAUCUUCGCGACAAGGUUGUCAAGGAGCUCAAGGCGAAGUUCACAGACCUGCUCAUUAAAAACCCUCUUCCAAAGAAGCGAAAUCAUUUGCUUGCUACAGAACAGCGCGUUUCUACCCCUACGCCUGAGCAGAACAGACUGACACUGACAAGGCAUGCUGCCGUGCUUGGUCUUGGAGCCUUGGUCAAUGCAUUCCCGUAUACAAGUCCGCCCCCGAGCUGGCUACCGGAAGUUCUGGCAACGUUGGCCUUGAAGGCUGCAUCUGAUCCAGGGGUGGUUGGUAAAGGUGUCAAGCAAAUAUUGGCCGAGUUCAAGAAGACGAGGCAGGACACGUGGCAUAUAGAUGUCAAGGCGUUCGAGCCGGAACAGCUAGAAGACUUGGAAGGCGUUUUGUGGAAGAGUUACUUUGCCUGAGUGCUCUUACGACUAACGACGAAUGAUGAAGGAGGUUUAUGAUAUAUUCAUUUGACGGAGAUGACCACUCUUGAGGCCACCAUUCAACUUCAAAGACUUUGUGCAGAUGGCCGGCAAUCAUGAUACUAAACUAUGAAUGACGUGAGUUGCGGGUCAAUGAUUGAUCAAAGAAACGGUACAUUUCUCUCAAUGCCAUCCGCUAUAGGGUUUAUGGUUUGCGAUGAGAUACUGCGCUGGACAGAGGCUGCCGGCGUGGGUUCACUAAUGGGAUGUAUCCAUGCUAACCGAGCAGCUAGAUAGAAAUUCAUGUCAUUGAAUAGCAAUGGCGCGGUGAAACUGGUAGGACACACAGAGAGAAAACAUUAAUGAACAGCUGUUGGCUUUUUAAAUCUUCGUCUAGUAUCACAGUUCCUGAACGUUAAAACCCGUCAAACGGCACUUUGUCAACCUUGCAUUCAGCCAUGGUUAAUUGACCUAUGUAAGUUCAAUUGAAAAGCUGAUGCAGUGACC